AUGACAUUGGAACACCAAAUACCGCUAAUGAAAAAGACGCAGAUGAGCGGAGAUCGAGCAGGUUCCCAGUGCGGUCUGACAUCGCUGCUACCUAUGUCCUGUCGCGGUCGCGCCGCAGCAUUCGCCCGAGACUUGCAGUCAAGACUCCGCAACCUCGGCACCCCUCAAGAUGGCGAAUGUGAGAACUCAUGGCUGAGGAAUAACGGCGUCCAUCGGCCAUCAACGUCGUCGCAGCGAGACCUCGAAACUUUCUACGACUUUGAACUUGAAUGUGAAAGUCCGUCCAGCCCCGUAGAGGAGUACGAAGCGCCAUUUCCAGAACGACGAGUAGAAGACUCUGAACCGACAUACACCGACGUCAAUUCCGAUGAAUUAAAAGAACAAAAGAAAUUUGUGCUCAAACACCCCGAUAAUGGUAAAAACGGAUUUAAAUUUACGACAGCUUUUUAUACAGAAUCUCCUGUAAAAGUGCAACCGGCUCCUAAAGAAAAUGGGCACGCAGAUAAACCACUAUAUUCGCCGAUUACCUUCGAAGGCUGUGCCCGACAAAACAGUUACGAUGAAGUAGAUUGUGUGCCACCUAUAGCUUUUAGAGAGAACGGCAGCAUCAACUCACUAGGCAUCCAUUCUACAGUUGACAGUGAUUCAGAAUUUGAAUCUGCAAAAAGUGAACCCUCUGAUGGAAAUGAAGAUGAAAUCGAAUUCGAUAGAAAUAUAGAAACCGAUACGAGUGAAGCACUGGAAAAUGUAUCAUUAAUCGAUGUUGAUUUACCUUAUGAAGAUGAAUCAAAAAUCGAGCAAGAACUAUCUAUUGAUACACAAUUAGACAACGAUGCAAUACCGGAGACAGUAACAGAUGAAGCAGAAAAAGAAUCUACACAGACUUUACAAAAAGAACAGCCUCAGGUGAAUGAUGAGCUGAAGCAAGAUGAAGAGGGAGAUGAUGAUAGACCUCAACGAGUACGUAGGUGUUCAUCCUUAAAAACCGGUAAAACGCCCCCUGGCACACCAGGACGAAAAAAAAUUGUUCGGUUUGCAGAUGUUUUAGGGCUAGACUUAGCCGAUGUAAAAACGUUUAUGGAUGAGAUUCCGGUAAUUCCAAAGUCUGCCUACGAUGACCUUACCGGAUGUGACGUUCAAAGUUCUCCCCCCGCACGCCCUACACCUAGGCUGGGAGCUCUUACGUUGGUACCACUAUUCCGUCUUCCCCAGGAUCUUACAGAAAAGCUCGAAAAACAGAACGUGUGUCUAGAAAGUGCUCGAGUGUCUGACGGCGUACAUAUAACAAUUUGUGGGUCCGUUCGUGUAAGGAACUUGGAUUUUCAUAAGACUGUCCACAUUCGUUACACUAUGAACAGGUGGAAAACUUAUACCGAUUUGCAAGCAUCAUACGUACAAGGCUCGUGUGAUGGAUAUUCUGAUCGAUUCCAGUUCGUGUUAUACGCGCCUUGCAUAUCCUCUGGACAAAGAUUGGAAAUAGCUGUGAGAUUUCAGUGCAAAGGGCAGCAGUUUUGGGACAACAAUUGUGGAGCGAAUUACUGUUUCGACUGCUUAGCGUUGGGUGCGUCGCUGACGCCACCAUCUCCUAUGGGUGCUCUACACCCCACUUUGGAUUGGCAUCCGUCUUUCUACUGA